AUGAGUCCAGUACCGUUUGCUACUUCCAGUGCGCUCUACAAGAUGAAGGAUGUUGAGUUCAGGGGCCGCAAGAUGCGUAUUAUGUGCCAUGACCUUUCGAGCGCAUAUCUUCCUUUGCUUGAUGUCUGCAACUACUUUCUUCUGGAGAAGAACUAUGUCCUCAACCUCGACGACAGAGUUGAUUCCAUCUCCUGGUCUGAUCUGGUGCAGGAGUUCAUUCGUAUAAUGAACAAGGAGAUGGACUUCGGACGCGACCACCCAGGGGCUUAUGAGAAACCAAAGGAUUUUGAUAAGUUCUUCUUCACUCUGGGAGGAGAUCCUAUUGAUAACUUCCCAGAUAUGUUUUCUAGAUGUUUGCUAGGCUUGAGCCACAUUGAUCCAUUCAAUACGAAAUGGACGGAUGAUUUCGCUCCUACCAAGCACAGCACGGGGUUUCAGUUCCUCAAAUUCCCGCUCCAUCACGGCUGGAUAGUCGAUCCCGAGGAAACAUGGACUAUCCUUGCUAUUGGUGAUACGUCGUCGCAAAAGCUGAGGAAGUAUCCACAUACCCUGGUCAAGAGGUUUAUGGAAAACUCCACGGCUGAAUUAACUACCUAUGGCAUUACUUGUUUGGAUGCUGAACUCCUUGAAGGGAAACUUGCUGCAUUGUACAGGAAAGGUCGUAUCGACCUUAUUUACAAGCAUGGCAAAGUCUUCUAUGUGCUUGUAACAGAUAAUGAUCGCCUAAAAGAGUCUCCAACUGCUAUGUGGAAAUCCCUCUCUCAGGUCUACCAAGAUGAGGUCUAUUUCACUAGCAAUUUCGUUCCUCUUCCAGUUGAUGAUCAGCCCAAUACAAAUGGCAAAAAAUGGGUAGUCGAUAGGGCGAGGAAAGACAAGAAAAACGACAAGAACAGGUUGAAGAGGCUACAGAAGCAGAAGCAGCUUGCAGAAAUUUCAUGGGUAGAGCGUGUUUUCCGAAAGUUUCUGGAGGAAUAUAUUUACGAUGACAGAGAAGUUCCCGGAGAGAUGACAGUAUCAUUCUUUGAAGCCCAGAUGGAGUUUAUGAAGCGUGUCAGAUGUUUUGACUUCUGCGUUAGGUACACUGAUGUUGAAAAAUUCAAUAGAGAACUUGCGAUAGCUAUCCGCAGCGACAAAACGAGGCACCGAUCUGUGCUGUGA